CUUCAGUACAGAAAAUCGUAGUUAGGAAGCAUUAGAAUACAGCUGGAUAUUUGCACAUUCCGUAUAUUUUGUGGAUAUUCCUACGUUUGUAAAUAAAGAAGAGAUUUCAAGGAAUCUUGUGAUACCAGACGUUUUGGAGGUGCAUAGUGCAGUUUUGAGAAUGCAAGCGACGAAGUUCGAGGUGUGCAGUUGUGUUUUGGCCUCGUGAUGUACUGGGCGAUGUGUAUUGAGUACAUUGCCAGGUUCAUUGGCUGAUACAGUGAAGUCACCUUCAAGUCUUACAACUGGCAUGCGUAAGGAAGGGAUUUAUUAACUUGAAGGUGCCGACUGGAAUUCCCAAAACAUUGGAACGACAAUUCUGAUAAAAUGUUGUGACCAUUUUAUGCAGAGAAAAACACUGAUCAUCGAGUUAUUCUUGGGCCGUGUAUGCCCUUUGUGUGGUAACGAAAACGUGAGACAAUUAUGGAUAAAACGAAAAAGACGGGACAGGCUGGAAAGCCGUCUGGGAAGGAUUCCCCGUCUUAUUCAUCUACGGCGGAAAGAUUAGCAAACUAUCAAGGGGAAGGCCCCGCGCCAGUACCCUCUAGCGGACAUGCCUACCAGAGCUCUGGGGGCGGAGGGACGAGUUCUAGUUCACCCGGUUCACCUGAGAUAGAGGGCGCAGCAUGUCUGAGUACGAGUCCGAGUAGCGGAAUAGAAGUACCUGGUAUAACGGUCGCGGCCGAGACUUUAUCGCUAAAUGCUACGUCGCCGAAGGAUUCGUCAGGAGUACCAAAGCCCGAAAAGAAAGCCAGCACAGCGUCGUUGAAUGUGGGGGAUGCACACGGCAUAGCCAAACCAAAAGUAGUCAUGGUGAGGCAUCCGGGGCACAAACCCAAACCAGUCGGGCCGGGCCGGGCCCGCUCAGUCAAAGCAGAUUUGAAUGUCGACAAAGAAUUCCAGAAAUGCAAAGAGGAAGGUGCCACAAGGUUAGAUCUUAGUAAAAAGCAGAUAUCUAUUCUUCCUGGUUCUCUUAGAGAUUGUACGCAGCUUACAGAAUUAUACUUAUAUGGCAAUCGAAUUUUAAUGCUGCCGCCUGAGAUCGGAAAUCUUACCAACCUGUUGAAACUAGCGCUUAGUGAAAACUCACUGACGAGUUUGCCCGACUCCCUGGCUAAUCUGAAACACCUAAAAGUGCUUGAUCUUCGGCACAACAAGCUUAACAAUGAAGUACCGGAGGUUGUGUAUAAGCUUACAUCCUUAACCACGUUAUUUUUGCGGUUCAACCGCAUCCGAGAAGUAGGGGAAGGAAUUGCUAAUUUAACUGGUUUAACAAUGUUAAGUUUAAGAGAUAACAAGAUAAAGGAGCUGCCCACCGGCAUCGGGCAGCUCGUCAAUUUACUAACAUUUGACGUCUCUCACAAUCAAUUGGAACAUCUGCCAGAAGAAAUCGGUAACUGUGUGAACAUGAAUUUCUUGGACUUGCAACAUAAUGAAAUAAUAGAUAUCCCAGACUCUAUAGGAAACCUUAAACAAUUGUCAAGAUUAGGCUUAAGAUAUAACCGGUUAUCGUCCGUGCCAAAGUCUUUAGGGAACUGUGUGAAUAUGGAUGAGUUUAACAUAGAAGGCAACAACAUUUCACAGUUACCGGAGGGUUUGUUGUCUAGUUUGACCACCCUGACGAGCAUCACAUUAUCCAGAAAUAACUUCACCUCAUAUCCUGUAGGAGGACCGUCACAAUUCUGUUCAGUUCAUUCAAUAAACAUGGAGCACAAUCAGAUAAACAAGAUACCAUUCGGUAUCUUUUCACGCGCAUCAAUUCUGACCAAGUUGAAUAUGAAAGAGAACCAGCUAACAUCCCUACCCCUAGACAUCGGUACGUGGGAGCACAUGGUCGAGCUGAACUUAGGUACCAACCAGCUCACCAAGAUCCCGGAGGACAUCAAGAACCUUCAAGCCCUCGAGGUCCUCAUCCUCAGCAACAAUGCGCUCAAACGCAUUCCAGCGAGCAUCGGAAGUCUCAAGAAACUCAAAGUGCUCGAUUUAGAGGAGAAUAAGCUGGAGAGUUUGCCGGCCGAGAUUGGCGGCCUGAUGGAGCUGACGAAACUGGUUGUGCAGUCGAACUGUUUGACUAGCCUGCCAAGGAAUAUCGGUUCAUUAUCUAAUCUACAAUAUUUGGGUGCUGGAGAAAACGACCUCACAUCAAUACCAGAAGACAUAGGGCGACUAAGUCAUCUCGAGUACCUGUACAUAAAUGACAACCCUAGGUUACAAACGCUACCAUUUGAGCUGGCCAUCUGUGGGGCGCUCGCCAUCAUGAGCAUUGAAAACUGCCCACUUAAUCAGAUACCUGUGGAAAUCGUCUCGGGCGGACCAUCUAUUGUGAUACAGUAUCUCCGACUACAAGGUCCAUACCGAACGUCGUAGAAUCGUCACUAACCUGGUCCCCAUGUGCCGUACAGCAUUAGACUAUUCCGAUGGCCUAGACCUGGUCAUAUGCAACUAACAUUGACCAUUAACACAUGCUAGUUUGCUUAUUGGUUUAGCCCUGUGCUGCUAGGUGUCGACACUUCAUAACGCUCCGUUGUGCCCCUGUAGACAACAGUUUCGUUCUGAUUAUGUGAAUGCUGGGUCUAAUUUGGUCCAAAUGAGAUCAGAUCAGGAUUGAAUUUGACACAAACCAUCGUACCACCUUAAUUUUUGCGUUUAUAUUUGUUUGAAUGUGUGGAAACUUUGAAUGAUAGAUGUUAUGGCAGACAACUCUCGGCCUUCUACGAUUUGUAUCCAAGACUGAUUAUCAGUGAGACCACGGUUAUUAUUUCAGUAAGACCUCGCUCGUCAUUUCUUUAAGAUGACAGAUUUUCCAUCCACAAAACCAUUGUUCAGUAACAACCAAGGUUGUCUCCCCUCUUUCAGUAGCGCCACAGUACUUCUGUUAGAAGUUUGGCGACAUUCUAGAUACAAAAUGACUAUGAUGAGAAAAUUUUUUUGGGAUGUGGAUCUGUUAUUAAAGAAAUGAUAAUUGAGGCUUCGAGGGCAUCAUUGGUGAAUCUGGGGGGGAGGUAAGCACCAAAAAGUUUUAAGUCCUACAGCGGUAUUUGGGAAUGUUUUUGAUGGUGUCUGAAACGCGCAUAGAUGGCGAGGUAUGUGGUCACACUUGGUUGUGAUGUCGUUUGGUGAAGUGAAGUGAUACCUCCUUGUUUUGUGCCGUAGUGUGGCCGAACUUGCAAUUUGAUUAUAGUAGGGCGGUGAUAAUGACGAUCUCUACUGUGACCUUGGGGCAAGUCGUUCCCCGCCUGGGAGCUGUUCCAGUUGACUUGCUUGCAUCAGUGGUGUAAACCGUGAACUUGUCACGACACUGACAGUUGGUGAGUCCUGGGUUCUCCAUGUGGUUUUCCCACGGUUGGCACCCUUGAUAUUCAAGAACUUUUUUGCCAGUGUGCAGCACAAGGUAGGGUGACCUUAUAGAAGCCGUUUACAUGUUUUAGAGCAACGUAGGGUGGCUCUUCCAACGUAAGAUGGAGAACUGCCAAGGAAGGGUGGGACAAAUGGCCUUGUGGAGAACACUGGGUGACUACUCUUUCUCAUUGGCGAUAGAUAAAAUUUAGCUUUAUUUCAUGACAUUUGAAAUUUUAGUGCUUUUUCUGUUCACAUUUGUCGGUGACAUCGCAAAAAUGAAAUGUUCGGAAAAGUUUUCUGUUAACAGUACUGAGGUAAAUCAUAGCUUUGUUGCAAACUGAAACCAAGAGUUUUCAACCCGGGCAGACGGUGAUGUCUGAAGCUCCCUCUAUGAAAUAGGGAGUUGGAAAUGUGACACGUAGGAGUUCUUGUCAAAACUCGUUAAGUGUAAAAUGUGGUGUUUUAUUUCAGUAUGGUGAUUUUGUGUUUGCCGCAGCACAACAUAUGCUAUUUGAUGAGUUGAUGUAGAGAAGACAAGUCAUUUUAAUGAUUUCUUGUGUAUAGCAGUGGCCCGGUCAAGUGCCCGAGCGGGCUGGAGAUUUUAGUGUGAAAUCUUUUUAAAGAAUAAGGGUAAUUAUUAAAGAUGAUUUAGAUUUUGUUGUUCUGAAAAUGACUAGUUUUGAUGUGCUACUGGUAAGAAGUCUUUAAUUCAGGUUUUUUGAAAUUAUUUACUUCUUCAAACGUGCAUGUUGACAUUUUGGAAGAAAAAAAACACCCUAUUAUGGGAGCUUUUCAUUGGCAACAAAUUCACAAGUCCAAUUUUGGAAGAAAAAAAAAUUGUCAACAAGGCGAGAUGUACAGUGCUGCCACCUUUCGUAAGUACUAUUUAAGCCCUUCAAAUACACUGUCAAUGUACAAUUCUUAUGCCAGGUGGAGACACUGUCUAUCUGCUUGUGUCAACAACUUUUUUUUCUUCACAAAAUUUGGCUUGUGUUCUGUGUGUUUUCAACCCUUCAAUGGUGGUGUACUAGGAAGUACUCCAGCGUGAUAUUGUGGAGUAGAAGGACUGACAUCACCAUUUACAAAGUGGCAGUAAAGUCUGUCCAACUUGCUCUCGUGAAACUUUGAAGUAUUUUUUUGUGUGUGAAAAUGCUGGGGAAUAUAUUAUGAUUUUGAAUGCAGUGUAGUUCAUACAGAACAUGUGCUAGACCAAAACCAAUUCCCUACACCCCAUUAGGUUCAUGACGUCGAAAGUUUUCUGUAUUCAACUGAAGACGUGAGAAAUCCUAUUUCAUUUGAGAAUUCUGUGACUAGUCUCGAGACUGCAUUCUGAUACUGUCACGACCCAUGAUUCUCCAUCAAGUGGAUGGCUGUUUUCUUCCAGAGAGAAGGUUCGAUUCACCAUACAUUACGGGAUAAUUCAAGAAUAAUAAAAAACUUUGAUAAUUCUGCUGUCUCUAAAUUUGAAUGCGAAAUUUUCAAACGUUUAUGAACAGGUGUGGAAAUGGCCAAUACACAUUUUGGACAUCUAUGUGUUCAUCAUGAAGUUGCUUCCUUGGCGGGACUGAAGGCAGGAGCCCAAGGGGUUGCAUGGUGAUUGCACAGUUGCAGUGGGUGGUCUCGUUUCAUUUUGUGAUACCUGUACUCCAGCAGGCAUGAAUAGUGCCAGUGUACCUUGAGAUGGUAGAGACACCUAGUGGUGACAUAAGAAAACUUCAAAUCUCGCCCGCGUAGCUCUUGCCUAUGGUCUCCCUUUAACUUGGUGGAAGAAUCUUGGAUGUCGAGUCACUGUGGGGGAAAUUUCAUUAGAAAAUCGCCAGAAAGAAGAUGAAUUUUGGCAUGAAAUGAAAUAUUGGUGAUUACAGAUGUAAUGGUAUCGUUAAAGGGAAUUUCGCACAAGCAGCGAAUCAGGCCUACUUUUAACAUUAACUCGAAUGGUGAAAAUGUACCUUGUCGUUUCCUAUUUAAAAAUCCGGCGCAGAUAUGCCCUGAUGUACAUCAGGACAACAGGGUCGCAAUGCCGAUAGGGUUCCAUUCGGAAACUUGCGUAAGGCUUGUUGAUUCAUUGAUUCCUUUGACACUGCCUGAGGCCCGUGAAGGGCGUUUUAUGCUCGUGUGAAAUUCACUUUAAGCGUGGUCGACAUGAUCUUUUGGAAAAAGUUUUUUCUUUGUGUGAAUUGGAAAAUUAGUAUGUUACCUUUGUUGCUGCUACAGAUAUGUACAGAAAUUAAUGUAUAUAUUAUAUAUAUAUUUGCUUAAGGUUUUGACCACCAGGUGGCACUUAGAUAAGUAAGAAUCGUGUAAUCACGUGGACGCCUAUUUCACUGGUAUAUUAGUGUGCUCCUUGCAAAUUUACGUUAAACUUUGUAUGAUGAAUAGAAAUGAUGAAGUCAGCAUGCAUCUGAGCUGACCUGUUGAGGUGGGGUAGUUAACUUGGCAAGUCGUGAAAAAACGGUUCAAGUCGGUUAAAUCUCACCCUGGCUGAUCAGUAUUUCCGCAUUCUGCGCCGAACACCAUGAAAAAUGGGAAGGUCCGCGCGAAGGAAGAUGCCGAUUGGUUGGGGUGAUUCUGUUUUAAAUGAGUGAUUUUUAGGUCGCCUGGUCGAGCUCUUGCUAUCACGGAGCGUCCUUUCGUCAGUCGUUGCCAUCGUUGUCUGUUAGCACAUCACGUUUCGUAACCAUGGCGACUAUGAACUAUAGACUGAAUUUGGAUCCGAUCUGAUUCUUUGUCCUGCCAACAGGGGGCCAAAUGUGAAAACAAAGGAUUCUCUAGCUGGUUAAUCAAUGGCUGGAAUCGCACCUUAUUUUUAUGCUAUGAUCAUUUUUAGAGAGGUACUCAUAUGUAGUGCGGGUUUCUGAUUUGAAACACUUCAAGGUCGCCGAGGUCAAAGGUCGAAAUUUCAAUGUCGGGUAGAAUGUUACAUGGAACACUACACAUCAAAUUUUCAUGAAGAAAGCCAGGUGAGCACAUGGUCCAUGGGCGAUUUUUUGCCUUUGUGUUCUUAUGUUUCAUUGUAGACAAAUGCUGAUCUUCUUGGGAGAAACUUGAGGGUCAACAGAUGAGUGAAAGGAAGACAGUUUCAAGAUGGCUUUGGGCGGGCACUCUUAAAGGGACAAGUUGAGGUAUGAGUUAUGCUGGGCACACUGCGCAGUCCCGAUCCCGAUGCUCAAUCGACGAUGGUGGUAACGUUGGCGUUAAGUCCCAGUUCUAUGAUUGUUUAGGAAAUUUACUGAAGGGGUAAUGUUUGUUUGAGCUAAUUGUGGCGUUUGUCACUAAUGCCAGUUGCCCAGCUCUAACCUUAGAAGCAGACUUUAGUGUUGAUGGCUUAGAUGGAGUGAUCAUUGGGGGGGGGGGGGGGGGGUGGAAUAUGCAACAGUACAGGACAGAUCCAAAUUAACUUGCUUCUUCUAUAGCCUAUUCCUGCUUUGAAUCGCACAAUUGUGAUUUUGUAAAUGUUUAAAUUGAGUGUUAUUAAGUCACAUGACUGUUGAGAUAAAGGUCAAGGUUAUUAUAGGGUUUUGUCAAUGUAAGCAGCUGAUUUUGUUGAUGAGUUUCAGUAAUAGUACUCCGGAGGUUAAUAUUUUUGUUUUGUUGUAAUAUUGGGCAGACGACACCCUGUGUUUACAUCGCGUGGAAAGAUGGCGUUGUAUGACUACACCAUUCUAUUGUUUGUUAUGUGUACUGAUGUCGCCAUGGUAACCAAGUAGUUCACAACUAAAUUAAUGUAAACUGGAGAAUUUUGUGAGAUAUAAAUUUUUGCCGAUUCACAAUAUCCUUGAGAAGCAGUGCUGAUCAAUGAAUUUUAUGGAAUAACUGAAGGACUAUUCAAUUGUGGUAAUAAUUCACCAAAGUUUAGAGGGGGUCUGAAUGUGGAAAAGCUAACAAGAAACAGUUGGGUUUGCCAUCGGGAACGGUACAUGCUACGAAGUGGUUUCUUGUAGUUUCUGCAAAAUUGUAAUAAUUUGGGUGAAAGUAUCAUCUUCUUGGCAAACAACACUAAUCGCCAUUGCAGUUCUGAGUCAACAGGUGUAAAACUUUGAGCAGAUAUUUACCCGUAAUCUUUGGAAAGCCCUCACUUUAGCAUGUGAGAAAUUGAUGCAAAGAUUAUUGGUGAAUGCUGGGUCCAAGAUUACACCGGUUGGCAGAGAGAUGCAUUGGGUUUAUGACAAGUGCAGCCUGGGAUCCAAGGAUACCAGACCUGUACUCUUCACGAAGUGAUACCAUUUGGUGUUAAUUGUUACGCGACUGGGGAAUCAAUCAGACCAACUACUCAAGUGGGGCGUGUGUAUAAUGGUACUCCUGGUUCAGUUACUGAAUGCGAUAUGCUAACGAGAUGUCAAGCCAGUCGCAUACCGAAGUGUUUCAGUCACAGGUUGAGUACUUUCUGUUGAUUAUUGAUCUUUUGUUGAUUAGGGAACUGACUUGUUGAUCUUCAUCUCUUCGGGUGCUUGUGUACAUAGAUCUUGCCACAUCAGCUUUAGAAGGUUCAUCCACUGAUGAUAAAAAGGAAAUUUCAUUGGCCAUUUAUUAGCGAUUGAGACUGCAAGCUUACACGUUCACUGAUGUGUUGUCAACGAACUUUGACAGGAUGUAGAAAUACAAAGAUUUAUUCAGGACACCCUGCAAAGUCCUGCUUUUCAUUUUGAGAUGGCCAGAGGUCGGGGAUGAUCCUUUGACUUGUUUAUAAUUUCCCCGCCUCCUUAAAUUUGUUUAAAAAAUGUAAUUUAUUCAAGAUUAUCAUUUUGGCAGUUUAGGGAAUUUCUUUCACUUUUUCCAAUCGGAAAAAUAUUUUUGCGAUUUUUAUUUGAGGGUUUUUCAAAAUCCGCAAAAACUGAAAUGCCCGUGAUUUUUUCAGUUUGCAGUAUUGGCCUCUUUUGGGUAGCAUCUCUGGAAGAACGUUUCUUGCUGUAUUUUGCAGGAACAUACCCGAUUUGCAAAGACUGUAUCCACAGUAUACAAGAAUACUGUGCUAUACAUUCCGGAAAAGAAUCCAGUGAGCAUGUUCUUUUGUUAUGUAAGGUAUGUCACAACCACUUGUGGCAUAUUUCUGUAUCAGAGGCAAGACCACCAUUGAUUUUUUAAGCCUUUUAGCAGUUCAAUUGUCAAUGUUUGACCGCGACGCAUCAAAUACUGCGUGGGGUUGUCAAUCUGAAAUUUUGAUAUGAUAUUCCGGACAGUCAGGCUAGUAAAUGGUGAAAAGUAAACUGGUAGUUGACCACGGAAAUUUUUUGAUAAUCAACAAAUUGGACAGACAUUGAUAUUUCCACUCUUUUCAGCCAACUGGCAGAAAAAUCUCAAAACACACCCCCUAUCACCCAAUUAGCAAAAUUCAAAAUUAAUUUGUUCAUCAAAUAAUUUCUUUAUAUCUGUAGACUUGCCACAGCAAAUACUUUUUCAAUACCUCUCCAAAUAUGUACUUGAGAGUUAAAAACAUGCACUCGUCUAAUUGAUAGGUCUCGACCCUCCAACCUAUGAAUAUUCAUUGGUGGUAUUGUCUAUCAGAAAUGAAAUGUGCACUUGUCGGCCCUGAAUAACAAAAAAUGUGGCUAAUGGCCAUUCUUCCUGUCAGUGUAGCAUGGUAUACUUAUGAUCCACUUGUCAACUACGGUAACCUGUAAUUCAUUGUCUGCAUUUUAUGUUGGGUGUUUUUCUCAGUGUUACAGCCCUGAAAAGCCUGGCAGUAAUUUUGUUCCCCAAAUAGUUGUCCGUAAUGAAAAUAGCAAACCGUUUCUUGUCCCUCGUUAUGUAGUGAUGAUUAAAGCCUGUUAACAUACAGUCGGUAAUUAGGCCACACCAAUUUGAUUGUUAAAAUUAGGCCGUACCAAUUUGAUUGUUGGGUUAACAUACAGAUAAAACAUCUAUUUCAACAUUUAGCAUCAUUCAAAACAGAACUGGACACGACAUACAUUUUUCGUUUCAUUACCUUUCAUUUGAACAAAAUAACCCAUACAACAUCUGUUUUAUCUCACGCAAGUGAAACUAUUUCGUCUGAUAACAUGGGGCCUCAUUGUGGUUUUGUCCGAAAGAAUUCCUCUAUGUUACUGACAUUUCGGGAUAAAUAUUUUGAAUGCAAUGAAAUAAAUACUGAUAUUUAGCUGAGUUAUAAAUCCACUGCUUUUUUGCCAAAUCGUAAACUUGGAUUAUUAUAAAUUAGCCUCGUUCGAUAAGCUUUAUAAAAUGGCGGCUUGGAGUCGCUUAAUCGUAACCUUGAUGGUAAAAUAUCGUCAUAGAAGAAGCGCAUUUUGACAUUGUUUCAAAAUGGCGGCUUUGGUUUGCCUAAUUGUAAAAUUGCUGGUAAAAUCUUGUCAUAUAUGAAACCUGAAUUGUUGACGUUGCUGGUGUUUGGAUGUACAGUCCUUGGAUGUAUGGUUUCUAUGGUGAUGGUAUGUAAACAAAUGGAAACCUAGAACUUUAGUUUUUAUUCCUCAUAUCAGUAAUAAACUUAAUCAAGAUAUCAA